AUGAGUGAAAUUCAAAUUGAUCGAAACGCUCUAUUGAUAGAAAAUACUACGUUAAAGGAAGAGAAUAACCGUCUUAAAAUUUUAUUUAAUCAUUUUUCUAUGUCAUCAUUAACACACGAUAUUCCCUUUGCUCAUGUUUAUAUUUACAAUAAUACAUAUACUCAAAAAUGUCGUAAAGAAAUUGAACAUUUUAUGAUUGAAAAAUCUAAAAUUCUUGCCAAUCCAAUUACUUUGAAAAAUACACAAUCAUUCAAAAUUCCCAAUAAUUUUAUAAAUCUUGAAAGUUUAAAAAAUCAUUCAGUUGGAAAUCACAAUAUUAUUGGAAAUAUAAAAUUUUUUGAUAAUUUUUCAAUAGACAUUAUGGGGGAUGCAUUAUAUAAUUUUAAAGAUGCACAAAGUCAAAAUUGGGAUUUACCAGAUUUUGAAUAUAUAUAUUAUAAUCCCUUAGGAGGCUUAGCAGAAGAUUUAACUGUUAAAGCUCAUAAUUCACGAAUUGGUCCUAAGUGCUUUAAUUGUGAAGGGCCUCAUGUACUAUCUACUUGUCUUCAAAAAUUAGAUUUUAAAAAAAUUGCAAAAAAUAAAACUGAAUUUAUGGCCAAAUCCAUUAAUAAAAAUAUGACCAGCAGAUAUCACAUUGAUAUUGAACCAAGAUACACAAAAUACAAACCAGGUUUAAUCACAAGUUCAUUGAGAAAAGCACUUGGAUUGCAUAAAUAUGAAUUACCUCCCUAUAUAUAUGUUAUGAGAACUUUAGGUUACCCUCCUGGCCAUUUAAUUGAUGCAAAGAAGGAGACUUCAGGAAUUAUACUGCGAAAUAAUUCUAAAGAAAAUUUCAAAUAUGAUGACACUAUCUCAAUCAAAUCUUUUGACUUAAAUAAAAUCAUUAAUUAUGAAGGGUUUAAUGUUUCCCUGAAUAGCAAAUCUAUUGAUGAAUACAAAAAAUUUAAUUCAAUACCCAUGCAAUUCCACCAUUCUAAAUUAAAUUGGCUUGAAAAGUUUGAGCAUCCAUCUAUCCACAAUGUUGAUAUUGGAGAUGAGGGAAAAAAAAUUGAUAAUGUUUCCAUUUAUUCUCAAGUUGACAAUGAAAGCAGAUUUGUUAAUAUAGAUCCAGAAACUAUAAUUGACAUAGAUACAACAAAGAUAGAGCAUAAAAAUUAUUCACCUUUAGAUAAUAGUAUCAAUAUUUCUAUGCAAGAAAUGUCAACGAAUAAUAAAUUGGAUCAUACUGAUAUUAAAACUAAAAAUAAAUAUUUUAAAGGGACACCUAUUAUAGCAAGUGAAAAAAGAUUAUUAAAUAGUAUUGUACAUAAUAAUGUAAUUUUUCAAAAUUUACCAUCACUUGAACAAUUUGCUGUUGAUAUUCAACCAUUUUCAUGUGAUAAAGAAUUUCAGACAUUUAUACCUGAUGCCCAAAAUAUAAUGGAGAGAAAAGGCAUAUUUGAAAAAUUCAAACAAAAACUCAAUUGUAUCAAAAGAAAAGCUUGUAAAAGAUUAUAAACUCAUGUAUUGUGAACUUUUCAUAUAAUUAGUGAAUUUAAUAUAGGUUUUAAUUGAAUAUUUCCUUAUCCAUAUUU